CAUCAGUCCUGAUACAUAAGUCCUUAAGCGGCAGAAAAAUAUGGCUGCAAACCACCCAAUUCAUAUUCAUCCUGCUCGACCUCUCUAUCGUUUCACCGCGACUGCAUUGGGAGCUAGCAUGUGGUUCUUUCUGAUGUACAGGGCGAAGAAAGACGGUCCUGCUUUGUUGGGUUGGAAGCAUCCUUGGGACCAUUGAUUGCCGAAUAUUCUCAGACCUGAGUACGGUCUCGCUUGUUGAGAUUGGAAGACAAUUGAUUUUUUUGAGGACUACAUCAGAUAUCUCAAUCGAGUUGUAACACAAAGGUUCUCGCUUUCUAUCGUCAUUAAAGGAACCAUCCACUCAAACUUUCAAGUCAGAAUGACGACGAUCAUAUCUGAAGAAUAGGAUAUGUGCAAACGUGGAAUUCCAUCU